CCCUCUCAGUAAAAGAGGAAUUUUUGUAUUGUUUAUCUUUCAAAAUAACUUUAUGAUAAGUAAUUUCUUGAAUUAAGAAAGUCUUUAAAAAUAAUUUAAAACAAUGGAGGAGGGUGUCUACGCAGUAGAAGAAAUCGUAAAAUUAUUCCAAUCAAAGGUGGAUGAGACAUUGACCGUGUUUCAAUAUCUACCAGAUGAUGUUAAACAGGAAGCGUGGAAAUACUGGCAGGAAGUCACGAAUACUCUACACAACGUCGUUAACAAAAUUAAAAUACCUCAAAAAAACUCUUCAACGGGUAACGUGACAGAUAUUAAUGAGCAGUCAAAUCAAAUUCCUUCCCAACAUGCAACGUUUGAUAAAGAUAUAGACAAUAUUGUUACGGAGACUACACAGUCAUUAUUGUCACUAACAAAUAGUGAGCCAAGGGGGACAACUGUGACUUCUAAUCAGAUAUCAUCUAUAUCUCAGCCUGAUGGAAUAGUUCAGAAUAUUCACAUGAAUGAUAUAUCUCAUCUAGCUGCUGCACAUAAUGAUUUGAACUUUGACCUUUUACAAGAAGAGCCAGGAUUGGUUGAUACAAACGGUAAAUUUCUCACACCGGAAGGAUUACAAGCUGUUCCAGUUACACAAACUGGGAAUCUGAGAACCGAUGGAGAACAGCAGCCAGAGACUGACAUUUAUUCCGGAGUGAAACAAACAAUUAUUGAUCAAAAUAACAGUACCUAUAGUAACCAAACAUUAACAAAUAACACCAUCGCAACACCUACAGAAUCUACAACACAAGGUUCGAAUAAAAAUAUCAACGAUGAAUUCCAAGCAGAGAUUAAUUUAUACGAUGUAGAAAACAAUCCUACAGAAAUACACGAGGAAAAUACAGACGCCAAUCGCAAAUACCCUCGUCGUAAUCGUACAUCGACUAAAAUAAACUCAGUGUAUGCCUACAUUAAUCUUAAAGCUGAAGGAACAAAAGAAGAAAGAGUGAAAACUGAUGGAAAGAAGGAUGAUAAAGUUAAAAAAAACAAUAAAGAAAAUGUAAAAAAGAAGAAAAAUACAGAGGUUGCUGAUGAUGGGAGUAUCACAUGUGAUGUGUGUGGUUUACGAUUGGCUAGAGCUGCGUCUAUAAUAGCUCACAGACGACAACAUACAGGUGAUCGACCCUUUAAAUGCCAGUUCUGUGACAAGACUUUUACAACGAAAGCAAACAAGAUACGACAUGAAAACACACAUAAUGGAAUCAAACCAUUUAAAUGUACAGAAUGUUCACAAGGGUUCGCAGAAAAUAAAACUUUAAAGGCGCACAUGUUGAGACAUUCGGGUGAAAAACCUCACAGCUGUCCUAUUUGUGGCGAGUCAUUUACUCAGAGAAGUACGUUACAGCACCAUAUAUAUCGUCACACGGGACAUAAAGGUCAUCUGUGUGACCUCUGUGGCAAAUCAUUUCGUCAGAAGUCGCAACUGUACACACAUCAGCGCCGUCAUCAAGAUAAAAGACCGUACAAUUGUGACACGUGUCAAAGAUCUUUUUUUACAAAAGGUGAUUUGGGUCGUCAUAUGUUGAAGCACACAAACCUCCGACCGUUUAUUUGUGACAUGUGCCCGAAAACUUUCACCAGACUUCAAUAUCUAAAUGAACAUAAAAACUUUCAUAAAGGAAUCAGACCGUUCAUUUGCAAAGAUUGUAACAAAUCCUUUUAUGAAUCGGCAGCAUUAUAUCGUCACUCCAAAAGUCACAGAGUAGCGCCUGAUACGACAAGUACCGCAGAAGCACAACAACAACAACAGACUAUUAUAGUAACACAAGAUGGUCGAGAAUUUGAGAUACCGGUCGUCACAACAAAUUUAUCAAAUGUUUUAGACGGAGAGUCGCAAUUUGCGGACGUUUAUCAGAUAACUUAUUUGGAUAAUCCAGUGACGGAUCUAUCAACGUCGACUCAGUUACAGUCGACAACGGUGGUAACGGGUAUCGAAGACCCAAUUCCGACUCAUUUAUCGUCGACAAUUGUAGAGGAAGCAGAUUUCUCUGCCAUAAAUUUGUUAGCUAAUGCAACAACUCAGCUUAUUCAAUGAUUAAACCGUAUGAAAAAAUAAUCACUGUGCCACUUUAAAAUAUAACAUUCAAAUCGGGGAUACUCGAUUGAACGUCCCAGAAUUAAUUCUCUCAAUUCCAAAAAUAGUGUUAAUCGAGUGAAAAGGAGAAUUUCGGAGUACAAUACAUGUGCCGACUGCAUAAAAAAUAUCUCAACCAAUCAUGACAGCUGAAAUAUAUUUGUUACUUAAAAUACGUCACGAUUCUACUCACACCACCUCAGCUGUCGGGACUGGCAGAACUGUGACAGGACUGAAUUCCGUAUCACUUGAUUGCAAUUCUGUCAAUUCGGGUCGUUCGGACUGACAAUCGAGUACCCCCCAAUUUGUUAUAGUUUAAGGGAAGUAACUCGAUAAAACAUUUCUAGUUGAAAUUGAAAGUUUAAUAUAGACUCAACUAUCAAGAAUACAACCUUAAUAAAUACUGUUGUUGGUGUUUUAACAUCUGCUUCCACCAAGAGUGGUAUCGCAAACAAAUUGUUUUAUAUUUUUAUUAUGUUAUUGCACAUGCAGGGUCUUUCUUGUGGAGGGUGGGGGCCGAAUGGUUAACGCAUGCACGUUGUAUCAGGCAGUCUGUCAUUACGUAUAGUAGUGUGGUUCCGAUUUCCCACUUGAACGUGACAAGAAAUAGGGUUGCCUGUCCAAGUUCGUAGGUUUUCUCCUGAUCCUCUGGUUUCCUCCCACUGCUAAAGACCUACGCGCAAGCGAAUUAUUGAACUAAAAUUGAACCAGAUGUUAAUACCGAAAUGAUCUAGUUUGUGUCGAGUGGACUUGAAACCCCAUGGAAUUUGAUAUAAAAGUAGGCCGUAGCUGCCGAUGUCUGGGUCAAAAUUUCACUCAUAGCAUACUGUAAGGCAUAUGCCUGUCUUCAUUAACCCUGUUGGAGCAGAACUUGUUAUAAAUUUAUACAUUAACAUUAUAUUGUUACCUUUGACAUCAUAUAAGAGAGAGAGAAAUGGAGUUUAACGUCCACUUGACAAAAACUAGGUCAUUUCGGGACUAACAUAUGGUUCAAUUUUAUUACAAUAAUUCGCUUGCGCGUAGGAGUCUUCAGCAGUGGGAGAAAACCUGAUGACCUGGAGAAAACCCAUAAGGUUGGACAGGCGACCCUACUCCUUGUCACGUACAACCAGGGAAUCGAAACCCCGCUAGUUGACUCAGUGACAGACUUUGUGAUACAAUGCGCACGCGCUAACCAUUCGGCCGUCCAAUCCUCCAUCAUAUAAGAGACAAUAUAUAAUUGUUGUAUAAUAGAUACACAGAGAGUAGUCUUAAACAUUCAUCAUCUACCUCGGCUUAAUUGUAUUUAAACACACCUUCACCUUCCUCUAGUCUGAAAGGUCAGGGAUUGGGAGGGGCCUCAUAAGUGAAGUAGUCUAGCGCCUCUCGUCAUCUCCAUCUGGUAAACGAAAUAUAGAUCUGCAUUUAAAGCUACAA